UUGCUUAGAGUCGUCUGCGGUUAAAACCGUAGAACUAGAACCGAUAAUGGUAGAGUAAAAGUAGCUCAAGUCAGUAGAAAUUGUUACUGUCCUAAGUCAUUAGAACAUUGCAUUUUGUUGAAGAAACACGCUAUCACCAAGUUUUUACCGCCAAGAUGUCAGGGCAUACUCAUCCUUGUUGCAAGAUUGGGCCGUCUAUUCUGUGUGCCGAUUUGUCAUGCCUAGCCGACGAGUGUCGCAGAAUGAUACACAGCGGAGCUGAUUAUUUGCAUUUGGACGUCAUGGAUGGACAUUUCGUCCCUAACCUCACUUUUGGUCAUCCAAUUGUUAAGUGUCUGAGGCCAAAAAUGCCAGAUGUUUACUUUGACAUGCACAUGAUGGUGCAGCAUCCCGAGAAGUGGGUUGAAAGUAUGGCCGAUGCUGGAGCAAACCAGUAUACAUUCCAUGUUGAAGCCUGUGAAGACAUUCCCGCAUUGUGCAGAAAAAUUCAAGAAUCUGGCAUGAGAGUUGGCGUUGGUCUAAAGCCUGGAACACCUGUAGAAACAAUCCUGCCAUACUCAGAUCUGUUUGAUGUUGUAUUGAUCAUGACUGUUGAACCAGGAUUUGGAGGUCAGAGAUUCAUGGAAGAUAUGAUGAGCAAGGUCCAGUACCUGAGAACAAACUUUCCUGAUUUGGAUAUUGAAGUCGAUGGUGGAAUCGGACCCAGCACUAUUGAUGUUGUAGCUGAGGCAGGUGCAAACAUGAUUGUUUCUGGAACAGCAAUUACUGGGGCAACAGAUCCUUCCCAAGUUAUUGCCCUUCUCAGAAACUCAGUGGAGAAUGCAAUUCAAAAAUCCCAGCUUGAGCGCUGAAUAACUUAUUAUGAUUCAAUUCAACAUAGGUGAAUGGAUGUUUUAGAGUUACGAAUUCUUUGUCAUUGGGUUGUAUAUGUUAUGUUUGCACAUCAAAUACAAUGUGUAAAACAUU